UACAAAUCAGCUAAAAUGUUUCUGGCAAUAAAUCAGAGUAAACUCAUGUCAAAACAACGUAAAAAAGAUAAAGAGAAGGCUGAAAAUAAAGUAUCUGAACUGAUGAUGGAUACAGUUGCAGAUUCCAGCACAAGUACAGCUAAACCAGACAAUACUCUAAAUAUGACUCACUUGAAUCAAGAAAUUACACCAACAACAAAAUGUGAAAUAUGCCAACAUAUUUUACAGAAUGUCCGCAAACAACAACAACAACAACAACAGAAACAACAACAAGAGAAGCAGGAGCAGCAGCAUAUGCUCUCCUCCAGUCGAGUGCCAUGUCAUUGUGAUUGCGAUUGUGUAAAUAAAAAUAUUUUCAAUUAUGAUGAACGCACUCAUAGUUCACAAACAUCACAUAACCCGCCACCAGUUUCACUUUUCUCAGUUUAUAUAUGUCUGGGUACGCUGACGCUUGCCUUGGCCACCCUCUCCGUGUUGUUCUAUUCACAUGUUAACUCCGCUGCGUCUACAAUACCAACGCCAACACAGCCACAUUCAAUAGAUUCAAGCAUUACGUUCCGUGAGCAAUUUCGUCAAGAACUUCUUGCAUCAGAUUAUAUGCUGCGUUCCAUGUUAUCUGAAAUGCUGCAACAUAGCAAUCGAGUUCAAAUGCCAAAUGCAGAUCAAUAUGCCACUGUAGAAUCGAUAAGGAGUAAACGCUAUGAAAGACCAACAACAGAAAGUUCAUAUGAAAACGACGUCGUUAACGUUAGAGAAAUCGUAAAAAAUGAACGAAAACGUGAAAUAAACUAUAGUGGAACGACGCAGACAUCUAAACGAAGUCGCAGGGAUAUUUCUUCAUCACCUUCAUCUAUGCAUGCUGAUCCCUAUGUGGAGUUCUUCAAUCCGAAUUAUCGCAAAGCACUUGAGGAACACGAUGCUGAAAUGCGUAAGCAAACUGGACUUAAAGGUGCUGCACCUGGUGGUGAUGAAUGGAUUUAUGUUAACUCUUUCUGCCGAAUGCCCGAAAAGGUACUUAAUAAUUUCUGUAAAGGUACACAGGAAUACUGCCCACCUAGUCCACAGGGAGCACCUGGUCCAGCUGGUCCCAAAGGACCAACUGGUCCACCUGGCUUGCCAGGUAUACCUGGUCCUAAAGGUAAUCGUGGUGAUGUUGGUUUACCUGGACCUGCUGGUAUCGAUGGUGUACAAGGGCCAGCAGGUCAAAGAGGUCCCAAAGGUGAUAUAGGCAUACCUGGUCGUGCAGGUUUAGAUGGACGCGAUGGUGUUCCUGGUGAACCAGGUUUAGAUGGUGUUCCUGGCAGAGCUGGAGCUGAUGGUAUACCAGGUAAAGAUGGUUCAUCUGGACGUGAUGGACGUGAUGGUCAAAAUGGUAAAGAUGGAAAGGAUGGCUUAAUGGGACCAAAAGGCGCACAAGGACCGUCAGGCGAAAGGGGAUUAAAAGGAAUCGCUGGACCACGAGGUCGACCGGGUAAACCAGGAACGAAUGGCACCCCUGGAAUACCAGGCAUAAAUGCAUUCAAAAGACCGUAUAUCAAUGGCAGUUAUUCUGAUGACCUACUUAUACCGCCAUCUAUUGCAGACGCUAAUGCACCGUUCAUCGAGCGCACUGUAAUCAUAGAGGAAGGUAAGACGCUGAACUUAAGCUGUGCUGCAUCUGGUAAUCCUACACCGCAUAUUGAAUGGCGUCGAGAAGACGGCCGCACAAUUAAUGUUAACGGCAUUGAGAUGUCAUCCAUUAGUGGGCCAUAUCUGAAGUUCUCCAACAUAACCAGACACCAAAUGGCUGCUUACUCAUGCUAUGCCGACAAUGGUAUUCCGCCAGUGGCAAAUGCAACAUACUUAAUUGAAGUGCAAUUUUCUCCAAUGAUCUCGGUCUAUAGGCAAAUGAUUUAUGCUGAAUAUGGUCACAGUGCAACACUGGAAUGUUUGGUGGAAGCCUUCCCGGAAGCCAUACGGUACUGGGAACGUGCAUAUGAUGGCAAAAUUUUAGACCCCGGCGAUAAAUAUCGUAUGGAAUUAUAUCCUGAUGGCUUCAAGACUCAAAUGCGUUUAACCAUUAGUAACCUACGCAAGGAUGACUUUGGCUUUUAUCAUUGUGUGGCUCGGAACGAACUUAAUGCAACAAUGGUCAAUUUUGAAAUUGCACCACAAGAUCCCAACAGUGAGACACCGUAUGUGGGCAAAGAAAUUAAAGUUUAUGGCCAAAGACCACCCGAAAGCAAUUGUCCAGUAUGUGAAGAAUGCCCCGAUCCAAGUUUAUAUCAGUGCAAGGACUCGAUUAAUUCCAACUUUGAAGUUCAACCGACUGGAAAUAAUAGUUAUCCUGGACUACCAAAACGUCAAAAAAGCUGCCUUUUGUAUGCCGUUGGCAAGCCUGUUUUCCAUAAAUCAGUGAACGAAACGUAUGGCUGUUGGUUGAGGGAUCCUGCUGCCAAAGAAACUGACCGUGAAAAAACCUUUGUUACCAAUGAAAACGACGCCUACAAUCUGUUUGAAUUCACAACGAAAAUACAGUAUCGUUUAAAUAACGUACCACGAAAAAAGUAUGGAAUCAGCGAAGGUUUUUAUGGAAACGCACAUAUAGUAUACAAUGGGUCUUUCUACUAUAAUCAAAGAAAUACAAACUUAGUUGUUAAAUUGGAUUUAGGAACCAUGGAAAAGAUAUCAACUAGUCUGCCUUAUGCUGGCGUUGAACGUAGGAACAAAUUGUACUCUACGGACUAUAACUACAUGGAUUUUAAUGUAGACGAGGUUGGCCUGUGGGUGAUUUACAGCACUUAUGAUUCAAACAAUACACUUGUGGCAAAGUUGGAUGCUGAAAACUUAAGGGUGCAGUAUAAUUUCAACAUUACAUUGGAUCAUCGAAAAUUUGGUGAAAUGUUUAUUGUAUGUGGUCAUCUUUAUGCCAUUGAUUCCUGUUCUGAUAAAAACUCACAAAUACGUUAUGUUGUGGAUCUGUAUAAUGGAAAAUUGCUUAAUGUGGAUUUACCAUUCUCUAAUCCUUUCCGUAAAACAACAACUGUGGGCUAUAAUCCACUAACUGUGGAAUUGUACUCCUGGGACAAAGGCAACGCACUAACAUAUCCCAUACGUUAUCAUGAGCAGAAUUUAAACAUUGACCAUACAAAAUAGUAUCGACAAUGAAAUUUAUUUAUAAAAACUGUAAACAGUAAAUGAAAAUGUACUUAAAAAUGUGUAAAAAAAACCUAU